AUAUAAUCAAAUUUUAAAGUAGCCGGACAUAAAGUACAAAGUAUUAUUAUUAUAAUUAUUAUUUUAAAGAGCAAAGCUUAGGUUCGUUGGCAUUCAAAUCAAGCAUGGCGGAAGAUGAUUUGUGUGAUGACUGUGAUCCAUGUGUAGCUGUUAUACCAAUGGUCAUACUAAUCCCAGUUGGGGUGUUCAUUGUAGCUAAUGUCUUGGAUACGACAUAUCCAUCUCCUCCAGAAGUGUACAUCAAUAACUUCACGCUCUCACCUCGACUUGCCGCCGCCAACAGAACUUCUCGAUCACCGCCGCUCACGGCCAACUACACCAUUGCUUUCGCUUUCAACAACAACAAACCGGACGACGUUAUUAGGUCUAAACUAGAUGUAUACCAUUCUUUGUAUGAUCAAUACGAUGAGAUCGAGGUAUUGGUGGUCUGGGCCGGCCAGGACCAGACCUUAAUGCGAGCCCACCCCGGGACCGUCUGGCAGAGAAAUUUUGAGCUAAAGCCGGUGCUGCUGGCCGCCAAUGAUUCUCUUGUGCCGCCGGAUUUGAAAUCGGCGGCAGUGUACAAUUUCACAAUUGAAGUGAAAAGUAGGGUUAAGGAGGAUCCCGGCACUGAGGUCGAGAAUGUGUUUUACAUUUUGGCAACCUGCAAGGAUGUGCGGGUUGGGUUUGGGUCAACGAAAGGCGUUGAUCGGGUUGCGAGGAUGUUAGAUGGACCGCAGACGUGUAUGGUUUUGAAGUCGAAGUCUAGUUACAAUAUCUGAUUGGCGUGGAUUUUGCAGAUCUAUCAUAUCGUGAUCAUUAAACAAGUUCAAAUGAUGCAAGUCAAGAAGUGGAAGCCGUACGGGUAGACGAAUUUGAAGUAGAUAUUGUCACCAAAGAAUAAAGAGGAUACUCCGGUGAUGGAAAAUUCCUAAACCAUGCAGUGAGCCAAACUCAAGAAAUGCACUUUAUUGUGCUGUUAAAACUCAUUUAUAAUACAGAGCCGGCGUUUGGCAUGUGCAGGGUGUUCUCUAGAACAGGGCCUCAUUUUUUUCAGGACCCCCAAAAAAAAUUCUUUAGUAAUAUUACUAUAUAGUACUCCGUAUUAUAUGUAGUAGCAAAUUAGAAAAUAGUUUUAAUAAUAUAAUAUAAAUAAACAAAAUAAGCAUGCGGCUAGGACUACAACACUAAAC